UGUAAUAUGUUAAGUAUUAUUGAAAUGUACAUGUUUUUUUAUUAUUUAUUUUAAUUAAUUCUUUCACCUCUUCCUCACAAUUAGCUAAACCUAAUAAUUGGCCGGAGGACUCCAAUGUUGGAGGAAUCUUGGCAAAUAGAAGUAUCAUAUUCUGUAAUAUGGUUUAAAUAAUAUUGGAAAAAAUAAUGAUGGCAAAUUUAAACAGGGACGAGUUGAGUAUUAUUUUUAAAUUUUUGAAUGGAUUUGAUUUGCACAAUGCAUCUCUAGUUUGCAGUUUUUGGUCAAAAAUUGCCAAAGAAGAAAACAAAAGGAGAGGUUACCCAUGUGAAGUAAAAACCAAAUUCAAUUCAUGCAUUGAUAAUUGGGACACUUUGAAAACACAACUUAUAGACUGUUGCCAAGUUAAACCUUCUUUACAUAUAUUGUUUUACGGUUUUGGAAACACAAAACAACUUCCAAAAGGAUGCUAUUGUCAAUAUCUACCAUCAAAUUGUAUCUCGAUCUCACUAGAACACUUUUUUACAUGGGCUACUGAUAAUUCAAUUUCGAGUAUUUUUUUCCCGGAAAUACCCAAUCUACAGAUAUCUACGAUUUCUUUUAAUAAACAUCCUUGGAAUAAAGGAAUAUAUUGCGAAGAAUUGAAAUGUUUGUUUGACGAUUCAUUCAGUAACGCCGAUCGACUGAAAACCAUAUUCGAACCAAUUAUCAAUGACGAUUUUCCUACGUCAGGCUGUAUAGUUUUUAUUUACGAAAUAGCAAACAAUUGUAUAUUAGCAUUAGCUCAAUCUUUAGAAAAAUGGUUUCCAAAUAAAAAAACGUCUAUAUUGGGUAUAGCAACAGAUAAGUUAUCAAUUUGUAAUACUGUCUAUAAUUCACACAUAUGUCAACACACUGUGGAUUGCACUGCUAUUUUAUUAAAUGGCACUGAUAUGCAAAGUUGGAUACUAAUCUUAGAAAAUGAUUCCCAUAAUGAUGAAAGGAUGGAAGAAUUCAAAGGGAAAAUAAAUUUAAGGAAGCACGCAAUAGGUUUUACUGCCAGUGGUUAUAGUAGCAGUUAUUAUUUCAAAUGUCAACAAGAAAAUUUAUUUAAGAAAUAUUUUCCCAACGUACCGAUAUUUCAAAUAUACGGUGACCAGGCAAUUGCAAGAAAUGAUUUUAAAGGAUUGUAUACAAAUUUAGAAGACAAUUUCUAUAUGGAGGAAACCGCAGCCCUUAUGUUGCUUACGUAUAAUUAAUUAUAUACAUAAAUCUAGUCAAAAUAGAUUUAUAAUAAGUAUUUUAAUAAUAUAUUAUGUAAAAUGAAAAAAGUAAUAACGUAUAUACAUAUAAUGAAUGUAUAUAAUAUACAGUGUUUCGUAAUAUGUGAAACUCACUUCAGGAGUGAACAGAAGACACAAAAAACUAUGAAAAAUAAAACUUUGAUAUGAACAUGUGCCUUAUUUGAACUUGUUUCAAAAUUCUAGUUAUUUAUUUAUCUGUGAUUAAAUAAUUCGGAAUAACUUAUCUUCGUAGAAGAUGCUCAACAAAAUAAACAUAUUCUUGUAUACAACAUAUAUUGUAUAACAUAUAUUGUAUUAUUAAACUUAUCACAA